AUGACGGAGCCCGACGAGGACUACUUUAACAACCUUUCCCGACAAUCCAUAUCUCAAGAUGCAAGUCAGUCACAGUCUGGAAACACAGGCGGCAACACUUCACCCACUGAAGACGACAAUAACCCGAUCCCCCGCACAAAACGAGUGGCCUGUAUCGUUUGUAGGAAGAGGAAAUUGAGAUGCGACGGACAGAAACCGAGUUGCGCGACUUGCGCCCGCGUGGGCCACAACUGUGCGUACGACGAAGUGCGUAAGAAGAGCGGACCGAAGAGGGGAUAUGUGAAACAAUUGGAGGCACGAUUAGCGCAAGUUGAAAUCCUCCUGAAGAACCAAGAACCAGAUAACUCUUCGAAUGAGACGAGUCGCAACGCUCCUCCCAGCACGUCCAUGCCUCCAGCAGCACCGAGCACCAUGUCAGGGGUAGGAGAUCUCCUGAAUUUCGUAAACAAUUCCGCAUCACAGCAUUCAGAUGCGAUCAGGCAGUCUCAGGCCUCUCAAAAUGGAGCACCUACCACAAACUCGAAUCUCGAUGCGGAAUCGUCAUGGGAGGUCCUUAGUUUGGGUUUGGAGGAGCCCUUACCAACGCAGGAUGUCAUGGAUGAACUAUUUGAUAUCUUCUUCCAAAAAAUCCACCCCUCCCAUCCCAUGAUCCAUCGUCCUAGGUUCUUUACCUCUAUGAGUUUAGCUCCUCACAUGCGUCCACCUGUUUGUCUAAGGUAUAUAAUGUGGGCAUUGGCUGCGUCUAUAACGCCAAAGUAUAGUUUCUUGGAAGAGCAUCUGUAUGCUCGGGCUAGGAAGUAUAUUCAUCUGGAUGAAAUGAAGGGCCACGGCGAGCAUAUGGUCAGUGUCAGUCAUUGCCAAGCCUGGGUGUUGAUAGGCUUGUACGAAUUCAAACAAAUGUUCUUCCCGAGAGCAUGGAUAAGCGUGGGAAGAGGCGCAAGAAUGGCUGCUAUGAUGUGCUUCAAUCGCUUGGAUGGAGUUGGGUUGGAUGUCAAACAUUGCGUGCCUCCCCCAUGUGAUUGGGUCGAGAGAGAAGAACGACGACGGACAUUCUGGAUGUCUUUUUCGCAAGACCGAUAUGCAAGUAUCGGUACUGGAUGGCCGAUGGUGUUUGACGAGAGAGAUAUUAUGACAAAUCUACCGGCGAGUGAAGAAGCUUAUCUGACAGGCACUCCGGAAAAGGCGCCAUCGCUAAAAGAUGUGCUAGCUGGCGAUAUUACAAAUCUGUCUCCUUUGGGCAGCGUAGCUGUCAUGGCUUGCAUUUUUGGCCUCAAUUUGACACAUCUUCAUCGACCUGAUCCUCAAGAUCGAGAAGAUGAUGUAAACGGCGAAUUCUGGAAACGGCAUCGAGCCUACGACAAUAUACUCCUGAACAUUUCUUUGUCGCUCCCUCAGGCACUCCGCUUACCACAAGGCAUUGCUGACCCAAACAUUGUCUUUUCCAACAUGGCCAUACAUACCUCUACGAUCUGUUUACAUCAAGCGGCAAUCUUCAAAGCGGAAAAACACAAGACUAUGAAUCAGAUUGCGGCUGAAAGUAAAAGAAGAUGUAUCAUCGCAGCAGACCAGAUUGCUAGUAUCAUGAAGAUGGUCAGCCAUACUGAUCUGUCUUUGUUGAAUCCAUUCAGCGCUUUCUGUCUGUACGUCGCUGCUCGAGUGUUUGUGCAGUACCUCAAAUCCCGACCUGAAGGUCAGGCUGUCAAGUCCUCGUUGCAGUUCUUGCUUACGGCACUGGGUGCACUGAAGCAGUUCAGUGCAUUGACCGAGUCUUUCCUGAUUCAGUUAGAUGUCGAUUUAAGUGGAACAACUUUUGGUUCCUCCAUGCGGAGUAUGCGCAGUAAAGAAGUACAAUCUGAGAGCGACACGUGUGCUCCUAUCGUCAAUAUUCGCUCAUCGGAAGCAGACACCCUUGCCGAGGGAAAUACAAACAAAAACGCAAAUGCGAAUCAUUCAGGGUCACCUGCAGGAAUGCCAGCAUCUUCGCAGAGUUUCGGAUCCCUCCCCAACCGUCAAAGGUCGAAUAACACGUCUAGAAACGAGCAACAAUCGUCAUUUAUGUACCAUAAGGGAGGUUUUGAGACUUCGACUGAUACCGCCAAUAACCAUACUCCUCACCGAGAUGACAAUGACAUGUUAACAAACUUCAAUAUGGAUAUCUCGCCUGUCGUUAGCGGAAUUAGCGACCAUAUUAUCUCCGAAAAUGCGUCACCACAGACCACGAACUCAUCGUCGAACAAUGCAUUCACUCCUCCGAACAUGGAGCAAACCUCCAUAGGCGGCCCGAUAAAUAACCUGCCUCCUAAAGUACCCCUAGACCCAAGUCCCGUGGACUUCAGCGCGGGCCUCGAUGGGUUUUCCAACAAUGGUAACGUCUCAUUUUCGCCGUUCUUUGAUUCGAAUACAUUGAAUACCGGUAUGGAUGAUCUGGCCAUGGAGAAUCAUACCAAUGGAAACUGGGAAUCUUUGAUACAAGGUUCGGGUCUUGCAAGUAAUGCAGUUGGUGAGAUGAUGGGUAAUACGAACGAUUUUUCGGACCGUCAAUUCGAUUUAUUACUUCAGAAUAUGGGAUGGAAUGGUUGGCCAUCGUGAUGAACUGGAAGAGGGUUGCUAUUGCAGUUGCACAUUCUGGGAUAGGCGUACGGUCUCAUGCGUCUUAUUGAAGGCGUGUGCUUUAAGAUUUUCUGGGGGGUAUUGGAAUAUGCACGACUUGAUGAAUGUCUUUACUGAUGGUUUUGAUGGCGUUUGGAUAUUUGAUGUAUGGCGAUA